UCAGAAAUGGAAGACGAGAUCUCUGCCCUCGUUGUUGACAACGGCUCGGGCAUUUGCAAGGCCGGUGUUGCCGGAGACGAUGUCCCCCGUGCCAUCUUCCCGUCCAUCGUCGGUUACCCCAGAGACCAGGCUGUGGGGAUGGUGGGAAUGGUAGGAAAUGACAGCUAUGUGGGAGACGAGGCCCAGAGCAAGAGAGGCAUCCUGACCCUGAACUACCCCAUCGAGCACGGCAUUAUCACUAACUGGGACGACAUGGAGAAGAUAUGGCGUCACACCUUCGACAACGAGCUCCGUGUUGCUCCUGAGGAGCAUCCAGUCCUGCUGACCGAGCCUCCACUCAACCCCACGGCCAACAGGGAGAAGAUGACACAGAUCAUGUUUGAGACAUUCAGAUGUCCUGCCCUAUAUGUCGCCACCCAGGCCGUCCUGUCUCUGUACGCUUCCGGUCGUACCACAGGUAUUGUGAUGGACUCCGGUGACGGUGUCAGCCACACUGUGCCCAUCUACGAGGGUUACGCUCUGCCUCACGCCAUCCUCACUGUGGACCUGGCUGGCAGACAUCUGACUGACUAUCUGAUGAAGAUCCUCACUGAGAGAGGCUACAGCUUCACCUCUGGUACGACUGAGCAUGAGAUCGUGCGUGACAUUAAGGAGAAGCUCUGCUACGUGGCUCUGGACUUCGAGCUGGAGAUGCAGACGGCAGCUUCCUCUUCCACCCUGGAGAAGAGCUACGAGCUUCCUGACGGACAGGUCAUCACCAUCGGCAACGAGAGGUUCCGCUGCCCCGAGACGCUCUUCCAGCCUUCAUUCAUUGGAAUGGAGUCAGCUGGCAUCCACGAGACGACCUACAACACUAUCAUGAAGUGCGACGUGGACAUUCGUAAGGACCUGUACGCCAACACUGUGCUGUCCGGCGGCACCACCAUGUGCCCCAGCAUCGCUGACCGCAUGCAGAAGGAGAUCACCGCUCUGGCCCCACCCACCAUGAAAAUCAAGAUUAUCGCACCCCCAGAGAGGAAGUACUCUGUAUGGAUCGGAGGUUCCAUCCUGGCUUCCCUCCCCACUUUCCAGCGGAUGUGGAUCAGCAAGCAGGAGUAUUACGAGUCUGGCGCCUCUAUCGUCUACCGCAAGUGCUUCUAG